UGAUACAACUACAUUUCCCGUCAGACGUUUCGGCCCCAGUAGCCCCACAUGUUGACAGAAAGCUUCCCUAUCAGACGUCCAAUACCUCAAACAUAACAUAUUUAUUCUGCAUGUAGGUAAUGUUAAACCUUUCAUCUUAGACCUCAACCAACAUGUCUUUGUUCAUGGACCUCAACCUUCCCUUCACUGCGGACAAGAAGAGACUCAAGACCCUCCUGGAAACAGCCGCCCACCUUGGCUUCUCCACAGUCGCCAUCAACUAUGUGGAUAAGGCGCAGAGCAAGGGCAAAAAGGAGAUUCCCAAACCGACGCCGCUUGACCAACUAGUAGACGAGCUUCCAAUAGUCCAGGGGAAAUCUCGGCCUAUCAAAAUUCUCAACAGACUGACCAUCAUGGUAUCAGACUCCAAUCACUAUCGAACAAAUGCAGCUGAGUAUAAAGCUUACGACAUCCUGGCUGUUCAUCCAACCACAGAAAAACUUUUCCAUGCGGCAUGCAUGACGGCUGACGUGGACAUCAUCUGCAUCACUAUAACCGAGCGGCUUCCCUUCUUCUUCAAAAGGGCACCCAUCAACGCGGCCAGAGAGAGAGGGGUGAUGUUUGAGGUGUGCUACGCCGCGGCGAUCAGAGACUCCACCAUGAGGCGCUACACCCUCACCAACGGCCUGGCGCUGGUGGAGCGUAACAACGGAAAGAAUGUCAUCAUCUCCAGCGGGACGGACAAGGCUUUAGAGCUCAGAGGACCUUAUGAUGUCGCCAACCUAGCUCAGUUGUUUGGUAUGUCGGAGGUGGAGGCAAAGGACGGGGUGUCUUCAAACUGUCGCUCGGUUCUGCUGCACGCAGAAACGAGGAAAACGGCUUGUGGAAUCAUCUACACAGUGAAAACACCUAAAGACACGGAACCAAACGAGACCGACACAGAUACCGUCUCCAUGGUAACGGAUGAGCCUCCAGCGAAAAAACAGAAAACCUCUGCUAGUUAACCGCUACUGCUGUGCGUAGCGGUACCCAUUUUGUUUUGCUGUCGAAUUUGCUAACAUUUUUUUUCGUUUUUCACCUUUUGUCUGAGCUCAAUCUGAAAGAGACAAGCUGUCAAUUUGACUUUAACAAGACAUCAUUGUUAAAACGUAAUAAAUAAAUAAAUAAAUACUCUAUUGACUUU